AUUGCACUUGAAGGUAUCGUUGCGCUUAAUUAUGUGAUUUUUAUGUUUACUACUCUCAAUUCAAAUCUUCUUAUACUGAACGUUGCUUCCGGCCCUUCAACCAGAGUCGACAACUUUCACAUCCGUUUUUCAACACUUAUUUUCAUUACUUCCGGCCACUUCGGUGGUAAAGUCACCAGUUGGUGUAUUUGCAGCCGAGAAGCAAAAGGAAGGACAGCUGAGCAAACCCAAUAACAAUGCCAGAGGAAGCUGAUGUGGGUAUUCUGUACUAUACUAGCAACCUUCCUGGAUUCCGAGGAGUGCUUAAACAGAGGUAUACAGAUUUUAUUGUUAAUGAAGUUGAUUGCAAUGGAAAAGUAAUUCAUCUGACAAGUUUAGAUGCUCCAGUGGAGGAAAAAAAGGCAGUUCUAGACAGCUCGACAGUGACAAAUGAAGUGGCUAAUAAGGAAUGUCAGACAAGCAAUGUAAACAAUUCAGAUUACAGUAAACACAUUGAAGCUUUUGAGAGUUUAGCUGGUAAAGUAGAUGCAGAAAAAUUGAAAGAUUUGCUAGGUCACAUUUCUGCAGGAUCUACUGAGAAUCUAUCUCCUAUUGUACUUUCUGCAGAUCCUGACAAAGCACAUCGAACGGCACUUCAUAAUUUCUUCAAGACCAAUUUAAAUUUUUUAGUGACAGAUACUAUUGAAGGAACUGAUUCUAAUUCAAAAUGUGUCCGUGUGAGGUACUAUCCUAACAAAAAAGGUGCACAUGGAAGAGACAGGGAUUGUCGACGACAAGGUGACAAAAAACGGAAAAAUUGGGGAAGCAAGGAAGAUAGAAAUCCAAAGCGGGGAAAGUAUGAUGGAGGUUUAUCAGGAGAUCUUGACCAGGCUUUUGACAGCAGAGGAGCAGAUGAAUGGCCUGAGGAUAGGGGAAAGUUUUUGCGAUUUCAUCUUUGUAAGGAGAAUAAGGACACUCAAGAGGCCUUGAUGGUGAUUGGGAAGAUGCUUGGAGUGCAGACCAGGUCAUUUGGAUUUGCUGGCACAAAAGAUAAGCGAGCGGUUACAACACAAAGGGUUACCAUCUUCAAACAGGAGGCUUCAAGAAUAGCUGCAUUGAACAAGAGAUUAUAUGGUAUCAAAGUAGGAGACUUCUGUUAUGUGAAGGAUGGACUUGUGCUUGGGCAGCUUUCAGGAAAUCGAUUCACAAUUACUUUACGUGGUGUUGUUGCAGGGAGACACGAUAUUAUUAAGGAGGCAGCAGAAGGAUUAGGAAAGAAUGGCUUUAUCAAUUAUUUUGGAUUACAGCGAUUUGGAAGUGGCUCAGUGCCUACACAUUCUAUUGGAGCAGCAUUGCUACGAGGUGAAUGGAAGACUGCAGUUGACUUGAUCCUUGAUCCUCGAGAUGGAGAGCGCAGAGAUAUAAAAGAAGCUAGAGAAUAUUAUAAGAGCACUAUGGAUAUUAAUGGUACAUUGAAGCAGAUGCCUCGCUAUUUGGUAGCUGAAAGGGCAAUUCUUACAUGCCUGAAGAAGAAUCCGAACAACUACCUUCAAGCCAUUUGUAGUAUUCCAAGAACAUUGAGAAUGAUGUAUGUGCAUAGCUAUCAAAGCUAUUUGUGGAAUCAUGCUGCCAGCGCAAGGGUUCAGAAAUAUGGAGUUGAGAAAGUUAUUGAAGGAGAUCUUGUGUAUUGUAAGGAAAUUGAAGUAGAUAAACAAAAUCCAAAUAACAAGGAUGAAAAGGAAGAUGUUGAUGAAGCUGCUGGAUAUGACUUUGAUGUUAUAGAUGAGACUACCGAGUGUGAUUUAUCUCAAGAAAGUGUCAGUGUAGCAAAGAUUGUAGACGCUGAUGAUAUAGCUUUGGGAAAGUACACAAUUGAUGAUGUUUUACUUCCUCUUCCUGGGUCAAGAAUAAUUUACCCUGCAAAUGAUAUUGCUGAAACAUUUCAUAAUCUAGCUGGAAAGGAUUCAGUUAAUUUGCAAGACAGCUUACAUAAUGUGAAGGAAUAUUCAAUAAUGAGCCUGGCGGGAGGAUAUAGGAAAUUAAUCCAGAAACCUAUUGAUUAUAUAUGGAAUAUCAUUAAGUAUGAGGACCCUACACAACAAUUGGUCAAAACAGAUCUUGAUGCACUAGCUAAAUGUAACGAUGGAGAUAAUAACGUGCCACAGCAAACAUCAAAUGAAAAUUCAACUGAGCUUGAAAAGUUGUCAACUUUUGAGGGAGAGCAGAACCCACAGAAUAAUGUAGUUGGAGGUUAUGCUGAACAGGAAUUGAAAACAAAUGUGAAGGAAGUUAAUCUUGACGGUGGCUCUGAACCUUCAUCACAUACUGCUCUUCAGAUAAGCUUCACUCUACCCACUUCAUGCUACGCAACAAUGGCUAUCCGUGAGCUAUUGAAAACAUCAACCUCGACGGCUUUCCACAAGACCUUGAAUGACUGAAUAGUUGAUCAAGAUUUCAAACUAAUACAGUUUUCUGUGGAUAUCAAGAGAUGAGGAUUUGCAUGGUAUUCUGUCAGUGCAUAUGUAUACACAACAUUAUUUAUAUAAACAAUAUUUGGUAACAUGAUUCGUGUAUGUCAAGCAUGGACCAGGAUUGUUAGCUGCCACUCAUGAUUAGCAUCUAUGAAGAGGCAAUAGUUACUGGCAAUUCUCAUUGGGAGGUGCCCCUCAGCAUAGAGCUGGUUCUAUACUCUGGUUUUACUUGUGCCUAUCAGAAUUAAAAUUGUGUUGCAAAGGAAAAUAUUCUCCAAACUUUAGCUCUUGGGCAUCUUGUUUACUUGACAAUCUACAGUGCAAUUUGGGCAUUAUAUAAGGAUUCCCAGAACUAAUGUUGACGAAGAUUAAUAAUUUAAAUUGAAAUCUUGUGCUCAUUAUUUGUUAA